AUGGCAGCCAGCUCAAGAUUGCCCUCGUUCCGUGAUGGCGAUGUGGACAUCGCCAUCACGGGCGAGCGCAGCUACCGGCUGCACAGCAACACCCUGCGGCACAACAGCCGCACCAUGAGAGAGCUGUUGCGCGAUGAGACCGCCCAUCACCAGCUCGUCCUCGUGGACAACACUGACCCACAGGGGUUCGCCAGCAAUGGCGUCCGCAUCCCGUGCGUGUUCGAGCGAGUCCACCUCGAUGCCAGCGGCCGUGCUGUUGCCGGGCACCUCAGUGAGGACGAUGCGGCUCUCCCACUCUUCACGGCCUUCGAUGCUGUCUUGCGCGCCCUGUACAACAUGCCGCUCGAGAUGGGCAACCCGCAGACCGACACUUUGACGUCGCUGCUGUCCAGGGCAUUUGACAUCACUCUCGUCGCAGAGUACCUCGACUGCGCACACAUCGUCACCCAGGCAAUCGAGUCCACCCUCCUGGCCACAGGCCAAAACUUCUACCGCGCCAUCAGCAUGAAUCCAAUCCAAUGGCUCGAUUUUGCGAACCGAAUUCAGUCCAAGGCCAUUUUCAAAGAAGCCCUCAUCCACGCCGCAGGACAAUUCUACAUGCCAGUCGUGCAAGAUCAGAUGCCGCAGGACGAACUGCCGGACGAUGUGCUCACUGUCCUUGAGGACAAAGUCAACACCAUCAAGAUCGCCGUCAAGAAAGCACAGUCUUGUCUUUCGACCUACUACCCUCAGAGACUCAUGCGUGCGAGGCCAGACCCGACGGAUGACCGUGACAAGAUCAGCCGUGCCAGCUAUUCCAACGACAUCAUCAUCUGGAUUGCCCUGUCCCUGUUCCGCCACUUCCUCGGCGAUCAGAUGUCCCAAGACCGAACCCACCACGCAGACGAUCUGGGUUGGAGCUUCAUCAAGACUAUCAAUACCGGUGGCGAGGCGUAUCUCAGCUCGAUCGAAAUCGAUCGUGGAUUCCACAACCGCUUUCCGAUGAGCAGCAAGGCAUCUCUUUGCCUGAAGCAGCGUCUGACUGAGAUCAAGCAGACACUCAAGCAGUGGACGACCGACCUGCUAGACGAGAACUCCCAGCUUGAAAUGGCGAACAACAAAGUCAACUACUUCACCAGCACCGUCGUCACCGAAGACGACUUCCCAUGGAUUGUCCCAGAAGACGUCACAGACGACGACGCGGAAGACGAUGGCGACAUAUACGAGAGCAUCGAAGAGGAAGCAGACCCGGCUUAUACCAAGGACACUGUGGGCAGAUCUUCCAUCGGCCUUGACGAAUCCGUGAUGGACGAGUAUGAGAACUUCCCAAUGGACCAGCUUGAGAACGUUGGAAAAUAUUCUCAAGCUGAGCUCGACGGCAGUCCAAUGUCCGAAUACGCCGAGGAGCAAGAUGCUGCGGAGGCUGAGGCCCGCGAUGAUGAAGACGACCAGAAAGCUGCCAGAGCCCUGAUGAGACUCAGCUCUUCCCGCCCAAGUACGCCUGAGAGCAACCACAGUGGCGACACGGAGCAGAUGGAUCCAAAGGUCUACAACGACUACCUCGCCGAGCAGAAGAUGAAGCAUGACCUUGAGGCCGACCGCAAGCGCAUUGCCGAGAAGCGUAAGCAGCGCAAUAUGCAGGCUCGCGAAGCUGCUCGCAAAGCUGCCCGUCAGUAA